AUGGAGAAAUUUAUAAAACUUGGGAAGGUUUUGUUAGUUUUGUCUGUCUGCUUCUCCAGAUGAAAAGCCGUCACUGUAGAGGGCACUGAUGGUAGCACAUCACAAUGACCAUACAGUCGUGCCUUGUGGAAAAGUCCAAGAUUUUUUAUUAAGGUUUAUAGCUGUAGUCACCUGUUACCUAGUUUUAAUUCUGCUGAUGUGACUCUGGACAGCACCACGGUCAAUGAACAUGUGUUCAGAAGCCUAGGACUGAAAUGCAAUGAGGGUGAAGCUAGGGUGAAAUUUGAGGAAAAAUACGAGA